ACUUCACAGUAUAUAAACCCACUUCACCUUCAGUUGUAUUCAAUAUUCAAACUAGCAUGGCUUCCUUUAUCAUUGUUUUCUGUCUCCUUUUCUCGGCAGCUUCUGCUGCCUCUUCCUUCCGUCCAAAAGCACUAGUCCUCCCUAUCUCAAGAGACCCCUCCACUCUCCAAUACAGAAUCAACCUCACUCAAAGAACACCACCUAUCAACAUCCCCUUAACUCUCGACCUCGGCGGCCCAUUCUUGUGGGUCGACUGCGAUAAAAACUACAUCUCCACCACCUAUCGCUCAGCCCGCUGCAACUCCGCCCAGUGCUCGCUCGCUAACUCAAAAUCUUGUGGAACCUGUAACGCACCCCCUCGACCUGGAUGCAACAACAACACCUGCGGCCUCUUCCCUGAAAACCCCUUCAUCAAUACUGCCACAAGCGGCGAGCUCGCUUCAGAUGUGAUUCGAAUCACCUCUACCGAUGGCUCGAACCCAGGCCCAGUUGUUAAAGUACCCAACUUCCUCUUCUCUUGCGCCCCAACCUCCUUACUAAAAGGCCUCUCUAAAUCAGUUCAAGGCAUUGCUGGCCUUGGAAGUACUAAAAUAUCUCCUCCUUCACAAUUCUCCUCAGCUUUCAGUUUUGCUAGAAAAUUCGCCAUUUGCUUACCUUCACUAAGCGAAGGAGGUAAUGGAGCUCUCUUCUUUGGUGAUGGACCGUACAAAUUCUUUUUCGAAACCGACUUAGUUUCUUUGUUAACCUUCACUCCUCUUGUAACCAAUCAUGUAAGUACCGGGGCUACCUCUUUCGCUGGCGAGCCAUCGUCCGAGUAUUUUAUUAAAGUAAACCAGCUUAGAAUUAACAAUAAGGUCGUGCCCAUAAACAAACCCUUGCUUUCUAUAGAUAGCAAAGGUAACGGUGGGACUAAGCUCAGUACAACUAUCCCCUACACACUUAUGCAAACUUCCAUCUACAAGUCAUUUAUCAAUGUGUUCGUCAACGAGUUGAGGAUCACCAACGUUACAAUUGUCAAGACGAUCGCACCAUUUAAUGUGUGCGUCGACCCGAGCACGUUUCCGGCGUCGAGAGGUACUGAUGGAGUACCCUGGAUUAAUUUUGAGUUGGAUGGUGCGAGUCAAGCAUGGACAUUGAUUGGAGGGAACUCUUUUGUUAGAGUUAACAAGGAUGUGUCCUGCCUUGGGAUUAUGGAUGGUGGAGAGAAACCAAGGACAUCAAUUGUCAUUGGAGGGCUUCAGUUGGAGGAUAAUCUAGUACAGGUUGAUAUGGCCAAGUCUAGAAUUGGGUUUAGUAGUUCCUUGCGGAUUUCUAGGACCAGUUGCUCCAUGUUUAAUUUCACUUCUAUUGCUUGAUUAACUGUAUAAUGUAUGUAUUUGUAAUAAUUGAGAGACCCAAUAAGUUACGUACUCUCUUUUCUCGUUAUGAAGUUUUAGGGGAAAUCUAUCUAUCUAUCUAUCUAUAACUAUUACUAAUUCACAA